UUGUACACAGUAAAUGCAGUAUAUGGAGAUACCAUCACUAUGCCUUGUCGUCUAGAAGUACCAGAUGGUCUUAUGUUUGGAAAAUGGAAAUAUGAAAUGCCAAAUGAAUCUCCAGUAUUUAUUGCCUUCAGAUCAUCAACAAAAAAAAAUGUACAGUAUGAUGAUGUGCCAGACUACAAAGACAGGUUGAGUCUCUCAGAAAACUUCACAUUAUCCAUCAAGAAUGCAAGAAUCAGUGAUGAGAGGAGAUUUGUAUGUAUGCUGGUUACAGAAGAUGAUGUCUCCGAAGAGCCAACGUUAGUCAAAGUCUUCAAACAACCCUCUCAACCAGAAAUCUUACAUCAAGCGAACUUCUUAGAAACAGAGAAGCUACAAAUGCUUGGGGAAUGUGUUUCAAGAGACAGUUAUCCUGAAGGCAACGUUACAUGGUACAGGAACGGGAGACUUCUGCAGCCUGUGGAAGAAGCUGUGGUCAUAGAUUUGCAAAAGAGUGUGAACAGAACAACUGGUCUCUUCACCAUGACGUCAUCCCUCCAGUACAUGCCAACGAAGGAAGAUGCAAAUGCCAAGUUUUCUUGCAUGGUGACCUAUUAUGGACCAUCUGGCCAGAAAACAAUACAGUCUGAACCAGUUGUCUUCGAUGUUCACUAUCCAACAGAGAAGGUGACUAUUGAAGUGCUGCCACAAAGCAGCACCAUUAAAGAAGGUGAUAACAUCACUCUGAAGUGCUCAGGAAACGGCAACCCUCCUCCACAGGAAUUCUUGUUUUACAUUCCUGGAGAAACAGAAGGUAUAAGGAGCUCAGAUACUUAUAUGAUGACAGAUGUGAGACGAAACGCAACAGGAGAAUACAAGUGCUCUCUGAUUGACAAAAGCAUGAUGGACUCAACCACCAUCACUGUACACUAUUUGGAUUUGCAGCUUACUCCUAGUGGCGAAGUCACCAAACAGAUUGGAGAGGCCCUGCCUGUGUCAUGCACGAUUUCUUCGAGCAGAAAUGCAACUGUGUUUUGGAUAAAGGACAAUACUAGAAUGCAAACAAGUCCAUCAUUUUCAAGUCUUCAGUAUCAGGAUGCUGGAAACUACAUCUGUGAAACUACGUUGCAGGAAGUUGAAGGGUUAAAGAAAAGAAAGACACUUAAACUUAUUGUGGAAGGAAAACCUCAAAUCAAAAUGACAAAGAAAACCAACACAAAUAAAAUGUCUAAAACAAUCGUCUGCCAUGUGGAGGGUUUCCCCAAACCAGCAGUGCAGUGGACAGUUACUGGUAGUGGAAGCAUCAUAAAUAAAACAGAGGAGACCAAAUACGUUAACGGAAGAUUUUCCAGUAAAAUUGUAAUUGCUCCUGAGGAAAAUGUGACUCUAACUUGCAUUGCAGAAAAUGAGCUAGAAAGGACUGUGACCUCCCUGAACGUCUCUGCUAUAAGUAUUCCAGAGUACGAUGAACCAGAGGAUAGAAGUGAUGACAACAGUGAAAAGGUUAAUGACCAGGCAAAGCUAAUAGUGGGGAUUGUAGUCGGUCUUCUGCUGGUUGCUCUGGUUGCAGGUGUCGUCUACUGGCUCUACGUGAAGAAAUCAAAACCUUGUUUGGUAAUUAUUUUUUUUAACCCACCCUUGACCAGUAACUCACCUAAUCUCUAUUCCCAAAGUGACACCAAAGGGAAGUGUGAGAAGGCAGCAGCACAGAACUUUCCAAGUCUGCCGAGGACAGCAUCAAAACAUGUAGACAAAGAUCUUGGAAAUAUAGAAGAAAACAAAAAACUAGAAGAAAACAAUCAUAAAUCUGAAACUUAA